UUGCUCGGUCUCAUUGAGCCGGCAGUCUGUUCUCGCUCAUAACGCUCCUUCCCCCUCUUUCGCGGUUUCCCCCCACUCGGAUCUAAUUUUUCCCCCCUCUGCUGCGCGCUUCGGCUUCUUCCCCGGCAUCAUGACCGACGCGGCGGUUUCCUUCUUGAAAGAUUUCCUGGCGGGUGGCGUGGCAGCCGCGAUCUCCAAGACGGCUGUGGCCCCCAUCGAGAGAGUCAAGCUGCUGCUCCAGGUACAACAUGCAAGCAAACAGAUCACAGUAGACAAGCAGUACAAGGGUAUCAUUGACUGUGUGGUCCGGAUCCCCAAGGAGCAAGGUUUCGUGUCGUUCUGGCGUGGCAACUUGGCCAACGUGAUCCGAUACUUCCCGACUCAGGCCCUCAACUUUGCUUUCAAAGACAAAUACAAGCAGAUCUUCCUGGGAGGUGUCGACAAAAGAACCCAGUUCUGGCGCUACUUUGCUGGCAACUUGGCAUCUGGCGGGGCUGCUGGUGCGACCUCUCUGUGCUUUGUCUACCCUCUUGACUUUGCCCGAACACGUCUGGCAGCUGACGUGGGCAAAGCCGGGGCCGAACGUGAAUUCAAAGGGCUUGGAGACUGCCUGGUCAAGAUCUUCAAGUCGGAUGGCAUUGGGGGGCUGUACCAAGGCUUCAAUGUCUCGGUCCAGGGCAUCAUCAUCUACAGAGCUGCUUAUUUCGGUAUCUACGAUACCGCAAAGGGGAUGCUUCCCGAUCCAAAGAAUACCCACAUCUUGAUCAGCUGGAUGAUUGCUCAGACAGUGACUGCUGUUGCUGGCUUGACCUCCUACCCAUUUGACACAGUCCGGAGGCGUAUGAUGAUGCAGUCUGGUCGCAAAGGAGCGGACAUCAUGUACUCGGGGACCAUUGACUGCUGGCGGAAGAUUGCCCGUGACGAGGGGGGCAAGGCCUUCUUCAAGGGUGCUUGGUCCAAUGUCCUCAGAGGAAUGGGGGGUGCUUUUGUCCUAGUCCUGUAUGAUGAAAUCAAGAAGUACACAUAAGCACUUUCCAACCGAGGAUGGCGCUUCCUAUGUAAUAUUAAUGGACUCCGUCAAAACUAUUUAUCAGUUCCCGCUGAGGUUUCUACUGGUUGGCAACAGGGCCACAGUUCUGCUUGCCUGACCUGUUUAUCCAAUCAUUCCCUUGCCAUUGGGACUCAAACUUCAUUUUUACUCAGUCACUCCUGUUUAAAUAAGUUUGAGAGAAAUAAUAAUAAAGAAAAAAAAACCAUGGAACAAAA